AUGCUCUCACGUGCUGCUGCAGUGAAGGCACCCCGCACACACAACCGUCGCCGUGUGACCGGAUCCAGCGGAAGGAGGAGGGAAGGAGGAGAGAGUGAGCCGCAGAGGCCCAACAUGUCCCGGCGUGUGUUUAAUUCCGCGGUGCUGCUCCUACUUGUCGUGUUGAUGUGUUGUGGUGGAGCUGCGACCGCUGAGGUGGGAAGUAAUGCUGUUGCUUCAACUCCUUCUGGGUCGACAUUGACGGGUGUCAUUGCUGGAGAGGGGAGCACUUCAGGGGGUGUUGAGGGGCUGCAACGGGUCGAUCUAUUUGUGCCGCAGACGACGCAGGUGCUGCCGAAGAAGGGGACUACUGACUCAAGUGGGAGGGAUUCAUUUGUUUCACCCUCUCUUGUCAGUGCUGGUGGAGUAAUUGCUGCUUUUGCCGAAGGUCACAUAAAUGCCAAACCCCCCCAUAACGAAUCAACUAAGCCGUCUUCUGAUGUUGUUGCGGAGUACAUCGACUCUGCGUGGGAAUGGCCCACUCUUGUUGAAAAGGUCGUUAAAGGAACACGGAGUGCACACACCGUGCUUGGCAAAGCGGAGGGAGAGGGGAUUUUGGAUGUUGUGCGCCACCCCACAACAACGAUGAAGGGCAAUAAGGUGUUUCUUCUUGUGGGAAGCACUGCCUUGUCCCCUGUAAAUGGGAGUUGGAAAGAAGGCAGCCUGGAACUAAAACUGGUUGUUGGUGAGGUCACGAAGCCUUCUGCGGGCGGCGAGCCGAGUGAGUGGAUCAAAUGGGACGAAGUUCAAUCGCCGGUGCAGCAGACUACUUUAGCUGCUCACAAAGGUAACUUGACGGAGUGUAUUGCUUCUGGUGGCUCAGGUGUUCUGAUGGAGGAUGGCACGAUUGUGUUUUCUCUGAUGGCGAUGAAUGAAAAAAAUGAGGUUGACGUUUACUCCAUGAUUAUUUACUCGAAGGACAACGGCAGUACCUGGUCGCUCUCUAAGGGCAUGUCCCCUGCGAAAUGCGGUUCACCCCGCAUCACCGAGUGGGAGGGAUCACUUCUCAUGAUUGUUGACUGCGAGAGCAGCCAGAGGGUGUACGAGUCGCGUGACAUGGGGACAACGUGGACGGAGGCCAUCGGGACGCUUCCAGGCGUGUGGGUCAACUCAGGAUCGGAAGCCUCUCAGGAUUCAAGCCUGCAUGUGGAUGCUCUCAUCACCGCGACCAUUGGGAAAAGGAAGGUCAUGCUGUACACACAGAGAGGGUACGCCACGGAGGGGGAAAACGCCAAUCCGCUCUACCUUUGGGUGACGGACAACAACCGCUCGUUUUCUGUUGGACCGGUUGGCAUGGACAGUGCUGGGAAGAAGGAGGUCGCCAGCACCCUGCUGUACUCGGAUGGCAAGUUGCAUCUUUUACAACGGAGGGUCAGUGGUGAAGGCAGUGCCAUUUCACUCUCCCGCC